AUGUAUUAUUCUAAUUCAUCUACAAACUCCACGACUCCGUCGGACAGUGGCUCAGAUUCCCCAAAGAGCGACAGUGAGAUGAACACCUUCUCCGACGAAAAGAUGGCAACAAACAAUGAACAAGAGUUCCUCAAAGCCUGUGCUGAGGUACUCAAAAUCCAGAUCGAAAAGCUGGAUAAGUCUCAGACCUUCAUCAGACUGGGUGGAGACUCCAUUGCGGCAAUUACCCUAAUUGCGCGAUGCGAGGAGAGAGGAAUCGAAGUGAAGACGGGCGAUAUCAUCAACUCAAACAGCAUCUCAGAGCUGUUCUCGACAACGAAAUUACGAUCGCCUCGAGAAAAUGAUAGUCCCGACUCGCCAGUUGAGGGGAUCCCCGGAGCCAAUGAAGCCCAAUGCGAACGUUUCAGUAUCUGGCAGGAUUACAGCCGGGCUACGCCCGAAGAAAGAACACAACUGCUGGAGCAGGUUGCCCUGAAGUGUGGAGUUGAAGCAGACUCGAUCGAAGAUGUGUACCCAUGCACUCCGUUGCAGGAAGGUUUGAUGGCCAUCUCUGCCCGCAAACCAGCGGCCUAUGUCGACCGCCGAGCGUUUGCUCUGGCACCAAACAUCGAUCUCCGUCGGUUCCAAGCAGCAUGGGAUGUUUUGAUAGAGCGGACCGCCAUUGUUCGCACUCGCAUUAUUAUGGGAGCGAGUGGUCAAUCUUUGCAGGUGGUGAUCCAAAACGGCAUUCCUUGGAGACACGGAUCCACCCUCAAGAGUUAUCUAGCGGAGGAUCGAAAACAAGGUAUGCAGCUUGGCCAGCCUUUGGCCCGCUGCGGACUUGUUACGGAAUCAGUCGAUGGAGAGGGAGCGACGUUUGUGUGGACGGCUCACCAUAGUAUCUACGAUGGAUGGAGUGCCCAGCUCCUCUAUCGCCGCCUAGCCGCAAUUUACUUCCAGCAGCAGCUGCCACAGUCUAUCCCAUUUACCCGGUUCGUGCGCUACCUGGAAGGGAAAGACCCAGUCAUUGCUGCAAACUACUGGCGCGGCCAACUUCAACGCGCGAAUGCCAAUUCCGUGGCGCAUUGGCCGGCAUUACCACACCCCAACUAUCAGCCCAGUCCCCGGGCCCAAUUCAAAGGCGAAAUCCCGAUUCUAGACGGCGCCGAACAAGGACUCGUCAUGAUGUCAAAUAUCUUGCGCGCCGCCUGGGCGCUCGUCGUGUCCCAGUACACAGGGCAGGACGAUGUAAUUUUUGCUGUCACGCUAUCGGGCCGCAAUGCCCCUGUCUCGCAGGUCGCCGAGAUUUCAGCCCCGUUAAUCACCACAGUCCCGGUGCGCAUCGGCAUUGACCCGAAUCAGGCAGUUGGCGAAUUCCUGCAGGCCGUGCAGCGCCAAGCCGCUGACAUGAUUGACCAUGAGCAUACCGGGUUGCAGAUGAUCAAAACCAUGUUACCGGAGCUGCAUGAUGUCUUGAAGCUCCAAAGCCUGCUGGUUAUCCAGCCAGAAUCGGAACGAGAUGUCUACAAAGCCUUCCCUGGACUCAGUCCGAUCACCCUACCAAUGGAAGACUUCGACAGCUACGCUGUAAACGUGGAAUGUACCCUGGGGCGUCAAGCUGUGGAGAUGGAGGUUAUGUACGACAAAGAUGUGAUCGCCGCAGCGGACCUGACAAAGGUCAUGGAACAAUUUUUCUUCUUGGUGCAGGAAUUGUGCCGCCCGUUGGCCCGUGAUCGACCGUUGCAGGAGGCCAUGGGAAUUUCUCCGAGUGACCGGCAGCUGAUUUUAGAUUGGAACACCACCGUUCCCAAGCCAGUGGACCGGUGUGUUCACGAUCUGGUGACUGACCAGGUAAUGAUCCGGCCUACGGCCAUCGCGGUCGAUGCAUGGGAUGGCGAGUUACAGUACGCCGAGCUCGCAAGCCACAGUAUCUCAUUGGCCCAUUUCCUAGUCAGCUUGGGAGUAGGGCCCGAACAGACCGUGGGACUGUGUAUGGGCAAGUCUAAAUGGGCUAUGGUAGCCAUGUUGGCCACUCUGUAUGCUGGCGCCGCAGUAUUGCCAUUGUCGGGAAGUAGUCCACUGCCGCGUCUUCAGAGUAUUGUCCAGGACGCCGGAACUAAAGUGAUUAUUGUGGACCAGGUCCAGAAGAGCCGACUUGAAAGCCUUGACGCGAACACAGUGGUCGUCGGCACCACCUUGAUGGCGAAUAUACCUAGGACUAUGGAACCGCCACAAGCUGGCAUCACACCGCAGAAUAUCGCAUGGGUUGUGUACACCUCAGGAAGUACUGGAACCCCUAAAGGUGUCGUAUUGGAGCACCGGUCGCUGUGUACCAGUCUCAUAGCCCACGCAGGCGCCAUGGGAAUUGAUCAGUAUACGAGGACACUUCAAUUCGCUGCCUACACCUUCGAUGUGAGCUUGUGCGAUAUAUUCAGCACCUUACAGGCCGGUGGUUGUGUUUGUGUCCCGUCCGAAGAGCAGCGCAUGAACGUAUUGGAAGCGACGGCUGCGCGAAUGGAGGUCACCUACGCGGAACUGACAUCAACGGUCGCCGCUACCAUUUCGCCGGCGGAGCUGCCUUCGUUGUCCACGUUGGCACUCAGUGGUGAGCCGCUUAAUCCUGUAGUUCUGUCUAUAUGGGCACAACGCACAAGAGUAUUCAACUCUUACGGUCCGUCUGAAUGUUCCAUCGUAUGCUCAAACAGCCAACGGCUAUUCCAUACUCAGGAGGCCCAAAAUAUCGGACGGCCUAUGAAGUCCAACUUCUGGGUGGUGCAGGCGACGGACUACCAAACUCUGUGUCCCACCGGAGCUCCUGGCGAGCUACUGAUUGAAGGCCCUCUGCUUGCUCGCGGCUACCUCCACGACGAGGCCAAUACCAAGGCCAGCUUCAUCCUCGACCCGAAGUUUGUGACCCAACUGGGCCUCCCUUCCGGACGUCGCAUGUACCGUACCGGUGACCUGGUGAGCCAAAAUUCGGAUGGAUCGCUACUCUAUCUCGGCCGCUGUAAUAGUCAACAAGUCAAAAUCCGCGGUCAGAGGGUGGAUGUCAGUGAGAUUGAGUAUCAGAUCACACAGCAACUUUCUGGCACUGGAAGCGUUGCCGUGGAGCUGGUGGAGCGGGGAGCCCAUAUCCAUCUAGUGGCCUUGAUGAAUUUCGCCCCGAACAGCCCAUAUAUGUUCACCGUCCCCGUGCCAGUAACGCCAAACGCAAUCGCUGGGAGUGCUCUGGUUGCGAAUGAAAUGCUCGCUUCAACCUUCCAGGAAUUGCGGAUGAAUCUCUUGCAGUCCCUUCCCGCGUAUAUGGUGCCGACACUGUAUAUACCCAUGGCUGAUAUGCCCACUAAUGCCUCUGGGAAGCUGGAUCGGCUAGCCAUUCGAGCAUCUCUGAGUACCCUCUCCCUAUUAGAUCUACAACGGUUUAUGCCCAAUGGAGGACCCAAGGCGGCGCCAACUACCGAGAUGGAGAAGCGAUUGCAGGCCCUGUGGGCACAGACGCUGCAAAUUGAUACUGAAAUUAUCGGUCGUGGCGAUGAUCUUUUCCAGAUCGGUGGUGAUUCUGUUGCCGCAAUGCGCAUGGUGGCUCUCCAGGCGGCCCGUGAACUUCAGCUCACCGUUGCUACGAUCUUCCAACAUUCAAACCUAUCCCAUCUCGCUCAUUUCCUCGAAGAACAGAGCGGGGAGGAGCAGCCUGAGGAGCCGGAUCCAGAGCCCUUUACUCUGUGGCAAGGGCUAGAACAUGCUGAUUCAGUCAGCCAGGCCCAACAGCUUGAGUGGAUUGCCAGAAGAUGUGACGUCUCUGUGGAGGAAAUUGAGGACGUCUAUCCUUGCACCCCCACUCAGGAGGGACUUAUCGCUAUUACAGCCCACCAGCACAGCGCAUACGUCAGUCGACAGGUGUACAGACUAGCCAGUUCAAUUGAAUUGGACCGCCUCCAGGCGGCAUGGGAAACUUUGGCCAGAGUGACACCGAUUCUGCGCACCCGCAUUUUAGUUGACCAAGAGGCCAACGAAAGCAGAUUCGUGCAGGUUGUGGUUCGGCGCCAGCUAAGCUGGCAGCAUAGUUCUGAUCUUGACCAGUACGUGGCUAGUGAUCAGGACGAAGAGAUCCAACUGGGCCACCCCCUCGUGCGCUUGGCCCUAGUACAGAAUCCGACGGAGCGCUUCCUAGUCUGGACCGCGCAUCAUAGUGUCUAUGAUGGAUGGAGUGCCGGGCUCAUGCAUCAGCAUCUGGCAGACAUCUACCUACAUGACCGCAUCCCUCCUGCUGUCCCAUACACACGUUUCAUUCGGCAUCUGUUGCGACGGGACCAUGGCGCCGAUGUCAAAUACUGGUCUAGCCAGCUACAGGGGGAUCUGGUAGUGAACUGGCCGCCGCUGCCUCAGGAAGGCUACCAGCCCAAGCCUAUGCACCGCAACAUCUACAAGAUGCUCCUGCCGCCUUCAAAGAUUCACACCCGCCCUGCAUCCGCCCUACCCGCUAUUCUCCGUGCAGCAUGGGCCCUGGUGAUGGUUAAAUAUGCUGGCCAAGGAAACAGCGUGGUAUUUGGCAUGACGUUAGCAGGCCGAAAUCUUCCAAUACGGCAGUUGACAGAGCUUGUGGCUCCCACUAUUACUACAGUGCCUGUUCGGAUUGAUGUCAAUCAGAAACAAUCCGUCCGCGACUUCCUGCAAAUGGUUCAGCAGCAAGCAACGGAAAUGAUGGAUUUCGAGAAUACAGGCUUGCAAGGGAUCCGAAAGCUGGCCCCCGAGCUUCGACCAGUUGUCGAAGUGCGGAAUCUGUUGGCAAUCCAGCCCGUUUGGGAAGAUGAAGAUACUGUAUUCCCUGAAAUGGAGGCUUUGCCGGUCAGUAUGCAGGCAUUUGAUAUCUAUCCACUGAAUAUGCAGUGCUCGCUAGGCUUGGACGCGAUCACCGUGGAAACACGCUAUGAUGAGAAUGUGAUUGCUGGGGCGCAAGUGAAGAGGAUGGUGAGGUGCUUCGAACAUGUGGUGAAACAGCUCUAUAGCACUCACACAGACACAUACCAAGUCCGCGAUAUUUCUCUGGUAAGCACCGAUGACCAAGACGCCAUCCUCCGCUGGAACGAUACUGCUGCUCCACGAGUCGAACAAUGCAUACAUCACUUGGUGGCGGACCAAAUCAAUCAACGACCCGAUUCCACCGCUAUCUGUGCGUGGGAUGGAAAUUUGACCUACAAGGAACUUGCAAACUAUUCGAGCCAGCUGGCCUGGUAUCUUAAGGAUUUGCAGGUUGGCGCUGAAAAAAUGGUUGGGGUGUGCAUGGAAAAGUCCAAAUGGGCCGGCAUUGCGAUGCUAGCGAUUCUGCAAGCUGGAGGAGUCGUCGUUCCGUUAGGAGUGGCCCAUCCUAUGGCGCGCCUUACAGGAAUACUGGAGGACACUAGGGCAACCAUCAUCUUAGUGGAUGCUGAACAGCGAGCCCGGCUCUCAAGUCUUCCUGACGUCAAGCUUGUGGUUGUAAAUGAGAGUCUCUUGCAGACCCUUCCAGCAACAGAGGACGCACUUAAUGCAACAGUCGGUCCUGAUAACGCUGCAUGGGUGAUUUACACCUCAGGAAGUACGGGAAAGCCCAAGGGAGUUGUCCUACAGCAUGGUGCCCUGUGCAGCAGUAUUAAGGCCCACGGAGCUCGCUUCGGAAUGAACUCUCACACACGUAUGCUGCAAUUUGCAGCUCACACUUUUGAUGCCUGCAUCCAAGAUUAUUUCACAACGCUCUCCUGGGGUGGUGUCGUGUGUGUGCCAAAUGAGGAAGAGCGAAUGAGUGACUUUACGAUGGCGAUGCGCAGGAUGGAGGUGACCUUCGCAACUUUGACCUCCACUGUAGCGCGACUGAUACAUCCUCCCGACGUGCCUUCAAUGCAACAACUGGCAUUAGUUGGUGAGCCAGUCAAAGCGGACGUAGUCAAGCAGUGGUUGCCCUAUGUCGCCGUUCUGAAUGCCUACGGCCCGUCGGAAUGCUCGAUUCACUCAAGCUGCAGUGAACCCUUGAUUGAUCCCAAACAAGCCUCAAUCAUUGGUACAUCGAUGGGGACUCGAUUGUGGGUAGUUGAUAUCGAUGAUUUCAAUCAACUGUGUCCUAUCGGGGCGCCAGGCGAGCUCCUAAUCGAAGGACCUCUGUUGGCACGCGAGUACCUGAAUGACGAGGUAAAGACCAGAGCGGCGUUCGUCUUCGAACCAUCCUUUAUCCAGCAGCUGAACCUACAAUCGGACCAUGGCGAGAGGCGGCGGAUGUAUCGCACUGGUGACAUGGUGCGGCAGAACGAGGAUGGGUCGAUCACCCAUCUAGGUCGACGUGAUACACAGGUGAAGAUUAACGGCCAGCGCGUAGAGGUAGGUGAAAUCGAGUAUCAAAUAACACAACAACUUCAAGGCGCACGGUCUGCGGCGGUCCAAUUAUUGCAGGAGAGUGCAUCUGAAAAAGUUAGUUUGAUCGCUGUGGUCGAUUUUCAAGAAGGGUGUGAGCAUCGCGAUGGGCCCGUCAUGUCGCACGGUUUGCUUCAGCCAACGCCCGCCUUACACACGGCCCUGCGAAAGUUACCAGGGACUCUGUUUCAGUUGCUCCCAACAUACAUGGUGCCUGCGGUUUUUCUGCCAAUUCUGGAGAUGCCCUUGAAUGCAUCCGGAAAGCUCGACCGCCGCGCGAUUGGGGGGCUUUUGAAGGCGAUCAGACCGGAGCAUCGACAACAAUACCUCUCAGCCGGCGAGCUUUCCACCGAGCCUGCAACACCGAUUCAACGCAAGCUUCAAGAACUCUGGGCCGGCGUACUGCAUGUGCCUGUGUCCCAGAUCAAUAUUUACGACAACUUCUUUCAGAUUGGAGGAGAUUCAGUGGUCGCUAUGAGACUUGUUACGACCGCUGCGGGCCGGCAAUUGCGAGUAACCGUGGCCGAUAUCUUCCAGCAGCCACGGCUGGUGGAUUUGGCGGAGCACCUGAGCACCAGAUUGUUACCAACGGAAGAACUGAACAAUGAUCCCCAGCCGUUUUCUUUGUGGCUUGGCGAAAGUCCAGUCACGGAAAAACAUCAUGAUCAGUUGCAAGAGAUUGCGAAUCAAUGCGGCAGUGUGGUGGAGAACAUCCAAGACGUCUACCCCUGCACGCCCUUACAGCAAGAACUGAUGGCCACUACUGCCGAGCAAUCAUCCGCAUAUGUGAACCGACUGACCUUCAAACUCGAUCCGAAUCUGGAUCUCGAUCGCUUCCAGGAGUCCUGGCGAGUUUUGACUGCCACCACUCCCAUACUUCGCACGCGCAUUGUAACCAGCAGCGAACCGUCGAAGCCGCUUCUACAAGUUGUCCUAGAUGAGGAAAUUUCCUGGAACCUCAGCGUCAGUCUCGACAACUAUCUGGCUUGCGACCAACAGGAUGAGAUGGGACCUGGAACACGGCUGGUUCGAUAUGGGCUGGUCCGCGACCAUAAUUCAGAAGAGCGCUUCUUUGUAUGGACUGCCCAUCACAGUUUGUACGAUGGAUGGAGCACCGGUCUCCUCUACAAAAAUUUCACUGAGAUCUUCCAGUCUGGACAUGCCCAGUCUCCCGUCCCGUUCACACGAUUCAUUCGGUUUUUGCGCAAUCAAGAGGAAGAUGAAAAAAAAAAAAAGGAUCGUGCAGAGUACUGGUCAAAUCAGCUUCAAGGCGAUGUGAUGAACAGCUGGCCUUCUCUCCCCCAUGUCGGUUAUCGACCAAGACCAGGACUAGAGGUGACGCAGGUGGUAUCUCUUGCUGCGCAUGGGUCAGGCAGCACAGUGACCGCAUCCAAUGUGCUCCGGGCAGCUUGGGCCUUGCUGAUGGCACAAUACUCAGGUCACAAUGAUGUCGUGUUUGCCGCCACUGUAUCUGGUCGUAACGCUCCGGUGUUAGGGGUAGAGAGCAUGGUCGCGCCGACCAUUACCACCGUCCCUGUGCGCGUUCAAAUUGACUGGAACCAAGAUGUGAUAUCGUUCUUGAAUUCGGUGCAAGAACAAGCCGUGCAGAUGAUUGACUAUGAGCACACCGGUCUACGGACAAUCAAGACCCUCAUCUCCCCGGAGUCGCGUCCGGCACUUGAACUUCGGAACGUCUUGGUGGUGCAAACCGCCGAAGAAGCAAAUGCAAACAAGCAAUUCCCUGGUGUGCAGGAACUGGUAGGUGGUGCAGUGACAGAAUUUGACAGCCACAUCCUGACAGCGGACUGCACGUUGAGUCCUAUGGAACUCCGGGUAGCCAUCCGGUAUGACGAAUACGUGGUGCCUACGCCACAGGUGCAACGGAUCCUGUCACAUCUCACACACCUGGUGCAACAGCUAUACAACCCAGCAUUGAUCAAAUCGCGUACUCUUGGGGAACUGGACCUCAUCACCCCCGCGGAUAAACAGCUGAUAGUCGAGCACAAUGCCCUUGUCGAUGUUUCUCGUGUUGAUCAAUGCAUCCAUACGCUGGUCUAUGAGCAAGUUUUAGCACGACCUAGCUCACCAGCUGUUUGUGCCUGGGAUGGAAAUCUCACGUACAGUGAAAUGUUCAGUCAAGCCGUGCGGCUGGCGCACUUCCUUGUUGACGCCGGCGUCGGUCCUGAAACGAAAGUUGGCCUGUGCAUGAAUAAAUCGAAGUGGGCCAUCGUGGCCAUGCUCGGCACACUUUUCGCUGGUGGCGCAAUUGUUCCUCUCGGUGUAACUCACCCCAUUUCGCGGCUGAAGGUUAUUGUUCAGGAUGCUGCGGCGAAUAUGAUUCUCGUUGAUGCGGAGCAGCAAGUGCGACUCGGACGCCUGGAUCUGAACGUGAAUCUAGUCAUUGUCGGCACCGCACUGCUGGAUGGACUAGCUUCGGAGAGUCAUGCCCCAGUGACUACCGUUACUCCCGACAAUGCAGCCUGGAUCAUUUAUACAUCCGGCACUACGGGAACCCCUAAAGGCCUUAUACUUGAACAUGGUGGAUUGUGUACCAGUAUGAGGGCGCAGGCCAACAAGAUGAAUAUUUCCAGCGAGACCCGAGCCCUUCAGUUCUCUCCAUUUACCUUUGACGUCAGCAUUUCCGAUGUCUCGGCAACUCUCAUUUAUGGCGGUUGUGUCUGUAUGCCAUCGGAGGAUGACAGGUUCAAUAAUAUCGCAGAAACCAUGCGUAUCAUGAUGGUCAACUUCGCCAGUUUGACUCCAACCGUGGCACAUUUAAUAUCUCCUGCCGACACACCAUCUCUACACACGAUUGCAUUGACUGGAGAAGCCCUGACGCCCCAGGUGAUAAAAUUGUGGAAUCAGCCCGGGGUAAGCAUCUACAAUACCUAUGGCCCAUCCGAGGGAUCCGUGUGUACUGCGAAUGGACCAGUAUCAAAUCCCGAAGAGGCACUCAUGAUUGGCACGCCCAUGGCCACACGUCACUGGGUGACCCAUCCUCACAACCACAAUCAGCUAUGCCCCAUCGGCGCCACUGGAGAAUUGCUGAUCGAGGGCCCUCUGGUGGCUCGGGGCUAUCUGAACAAUCCUGAGAAGACAGCUGUCUCUUUUAUCGCCAAACCCGAUUUCCUGUCCACCUCAUCGGGAUGUCGGUUUUAUAAGACCGGUGAUCUCGUUUAUGAGCAAGCGGGUGGGUCAUUCGCAUAUAUCGGGCGGCGUGACACGCAAGUCAAAAUUCGUGGCCAACGAGUGGAAAUCGGCCAGAUUGAACACCAGAUCGCGCAACAGCUUCCCCAAACUCAGACCGCAGUGGUUCAUUUGCUUGAGCUCGAUACCAAGAUGUUUCUGGUUGCGGUGAUUGAAUUCAGAAAGGAUGGCGAGCAGACUGCGGCUGACACAGAAUCCCUAAAACCUCUGGUACCAACAUCAAGCCUACGAUCGGCGUUCGCUACGCUGCGCCAUGGGUUGCUUGAAGUUCUACCCACUUAUAUGGUACCACUGUUUUAUGUGCCAGUUGCUCGCAUCCCUUUAAACACAUCAGGCAAACUGGAUCGCCGGGCUGUCGAGACAUUCUUACGUGGAAUUCCUUCAAGCAGUUUCACAGCAUACAUCGCAGAUGAGAUCCAGCUCAAGACGGCCCCAUCCACUCCGAUGGAGACAUUCAUCCAACCAAUAUGGGCGCAUGUGUUAGGAGUUUCCAUCAAGGAGGUUGGUGCUCACGACGAUUUCUUUCAUUUGGGCGGUGACUCAGUCACAGCUAUGCGGAUGGUUGCAGCUACCAACAAAGAGAGCAAGGAGUUGAAGCUGGCUGUUACCGACAUCUUCCAAAACCCCCGACUGUCGGACCUUGCACGUGUCCUGGAGGAGAAAGGCAUGGAGAAUGAGAGGGUAAGCGCAUUGGAGCGUGAUCCCAUUCCAUUGGCCCUAUGGGAAGAGAGUUUGGAUACAGAGGCCGAUAAGCGACCGGCACGCCUGGCCCUCAUUGCCGAGCAAUGUGGUGUAUCGGUGGAACAAAUUGAGGAUGUCUAUCCGUGCACACCAUUACAGGAGGCUCUUCUUGCAAGCACUGCACGUCAACCCUCGGCAUAUGUGAGCCGUCAAAUGUAUGCGUUGUCUGACAAGAUCGACAUCGAUCGGUUCCAGGCGGCCUGGCAGACCCUGGCUUCAAGCAUCCCCAUCAUGCGUACAAGGGCGAUAAUUGAUGCAGAUGGAUCAUGGCAGGUGGUUGUGCGGGAGGAUAUUACCUGGCUCCAGCACUCCAGUCUAAAAGACUACAUAGAACAAGACGAGAAGGCAGGGAUCCAGCUCGGACAGCCACUGGCUCGAUAUGGUCUGAUCUAUCUACCGUCAAGCGAGGUAUUAUUUGUCUGGACCGCCCAUCAUAGCAUGUAUGACGGCUUCUCGAUUCGUCUCAUGUGCGAGGAGCUCAUUCACAUAUACUACCAGGCUGACUACAUACCCCAAUCAAUUCCAUUCCCUCGCUUGAUCCGAUAUCUGAUGAGAAUCAAUACGUCGGACAGUCUGGCAUACUGGGAUAAGCAGCUUGAAGGAGAAUUGAUGGCCGACUGGCCUCCUCUGCCCAAUGCAGGAUACGAGCCACGACCCAGGAUCUCCAUUUGCAAGACAGUCACAACCGCACCCCUUCAGGGACAGGGCAUUUUGAUGGCCAACGUGCUGCGAGCCGCUUGGGGCUUGACCAUGGUACAAUUUUCUGGCCACAGGGACGUCUUAUAUGCAGCCAAUGUCUCCGGUCGCAACGCCCCGGUCCACGAAGUGAGCGAGAUCAUCGCUCCAACCAUCACCACAGUGCCUCUACGUAUCCAAGUCAGCACUGAUGGCUCUCAUUCGGUGGAAGAUUUCCUUCGUGAGGUGCAGGAUCAAGCCAUCAAGAUGAUCAAUUAUGAGCAUACUGGGCUACGAGGAAUUCUCAGCCAUCCUGAGUUACAACUACGCAAUCUGCUCGUCAUUCAAACCGCGGACGAAAGCGAUACUACUCUCGACUUCCCGGGCAUCGAAGCCCUUCCACUUGCAGUGGAGGACUUUGACAGUUACGGGGUCAAUGUUCAGUGCACUCUAGGACAAACGAUCGGAAUAGAAGCUCGAUUCGACUCCAAUAUCGUAUCAACUACCUAUAUGACCCGAGUGCUGGACCAGUUCACUCACAUCUUGGAGCAACUGUGCGACCCAAAUCUUCAAAGCCACCCCUUGCUAGAGUUGGACUUUCUGAGUAGUGCUGAUCAGAGCCAAAUUGCAGCAUGGAAUGCAACCGUUCCGGAGAGAGUAGACAAAUGUGUCCACGAACUUGUUCAGGGGCAAGCACGCGCCCAUCCAACAUCUGAAGCGAUAUGCGCAUGGGAUGGAAUCCUGAGCUACAGGGAACUGACUCAAAUGGCCGAUUUCCUGGCACUCGAACUUGUGGCACUGGGAGUCGAACUAGAACAAAUGGUUGGUGUCUCCAUGUCCAAGUCGAAAUGGGCGGCGGUAGCCCUGCUCGCCACUCUCCAGGCUGGUGGUGUGGUCGUGCCCUUGAGCGUGAGCCAUCCAACCCAUAGAAUUGAGACCAUCGUGAACGACACCAAGGCGACCGUGAUUUUGGUAGAUGCCCCAGAAUAUCGUCGCCUAAAGGGCAGUGUCAAUUGCCAACUACUUGUGGUCGACUCACAGCUCCUCCAAAGGCUAUCUAUUGCACCUGCCAGCGAUCUCCGAUCGUGUCCCUUGGUCACUUCAAACCACGCUGCCUGGGUAAUUUACACUUCUGGUACAACCGGUACACCCAAAGGAGCGGUUCUCGAGCACGGCACUUUGUGUACGAGUAUUCAGUCUCACGGGGCGCGAUAUGGAUUCGGCACCCACACUCGCAAGUUGCAAUACGCAGCUCAUACAUUUGACGGCACCAUUGAGGAUUAUUUCACUACAUUGGCAUGGGGCGGCCUAUGCUGUGUGCCAUCCGAAGAUGAUCGUCUCGAUAUUCGCAAGCUUACUGCUUUCAUUCGCAGGACAGAGGUGAACGCACUUGCGACGACGUAUACUGUGGCUGGAUUGUUCUCGCCUGAAGAGGCACCCACACUGCGUCUCCUGGUCUUAGGGGGAGAGCCCGCCACAGUCGAGGUAACUAAUCUCUGGAGGACCAAGGUGGACUUGUUCAACUGCUACGGCCCGUCCGAAUGCUCAAUUUUCUCCUCGGCGGCCGGACCGGUCCAAAAUGUCGACGAGAUACACAACAUUGGCCAAGCGAUUGGCACGCGCCUAUGGGUUGCAGAUCCACAGAACUACAGCUUGCUAUGCCCUGUGGGAGCGCCAGGAGAACUUCUUAUCGAGGGACCCCAACUCGCUCGCGGCUAUUUGAACAAUGAAACAAAAACAAACGAGCAAUUCAUCUUGGACCCGCAAUUCAUGUCAAAAUUCGGCCUUACCAAAGGGCGUCGUGUUUACCGAAGUGGUGACAUCGUGCGCCAGAAGGACGACGGGUCUUUUGUCUAUGUUGCGCGACGCGAUACCCAGGUGAAGAUUCGCGGCCAGCGAGUCGAGAUUGGUGAGAUUGAACAGCAGAUCGCCCGACACCUGCCAGAGACCCGGGCCGUGGCAGUGGAACUGAUAAAGCGAGGGGCAAAUUCACAGCCUGUUCUGGUCGGUGCAAUCGAGUUUGCUCCUGACAGCAGAUACCAGACGGGUGACAUUCAAGCCCCUUCCCUGAAUUUGAGAAUUCUGCCACCAACGGUGCUCAUGACGGAGGCCUUCCAAAAGCUUCACAGUGCGCUUAUACAGGUUCUACCAACACACAUGAUUCCAGCAUCAUAUCUUCCCAUCGCCCAGAUGCCUCGCAACCUCUCGGGCAAACUGGAUCGGAGAACUUUGCGGGAGCAAUUGACAUUGAUGUCCGCUGAGUCCAUGCUGCAGUAUCUUGAGGGAGGAGAGAAAAUUCCUCCUUCAACCGAGAUGGAAUACAAAUUACAUGCUCUUUGGCUUGAAGCUUUGGGAAUUGAGCAGUCGGAUAGAGUGGGGGUGAGCGACAACUUCUUCCGACUUGGAGGUGACUCGGUGGCUGCCAUGCGCCUUGCAGCAAUGACCUGGCAGCAGCACAACUUGCAAUUAACUGUGGCCGAUGUCUUCAAACAUCCUCGUCUUUGUGAUCUCGCGCAGAAAAUGACUGAGCGCAGCUUUGAAUUUCUUUCAGAAGAAGAGGACCCAGCUCCUUUCACUCUGUGGGCUAAUGCCUCACCUGAAGCUGUGCACGAUAUUGCGACCCGCUGUUGUGUGGACGUGAGUGAGAUUGAAGAUAUAUAUCCGUGCACACCACUGCAAGAAGGAUUUAUGGCAACAACCACUCGGCAGUCUGCCGCCUACAUCAGCCGACAAGUCUAUUCAUUGUCCGCCACAGAAAUCGAUCUGGACCGGUUUAAGUCGGCCUGGGAGACUUUGAACCACACAACUCCCAUUCUCCGCACCCGCCUUAUGAUGGGCCAUAGCAAGGAAGCCAUACAAGUUGUGGUACAAAGCCCUAUCGUCUGGAGAUCCAACGACGACCUCGCUUCAUAUAUCACUGACGAUCGCGAAGAAGGGAUGAUGCUGGAUCAACCCCUCGUGAGAUACGGGCUGGUAACAGAAUCGGCCGACAAAUCUUACUUUAUCUGGACUACUCAUCACAGUGUCUACGACGGUUGGACAAUGCGCGAGAUUGCCCAGCGGUUUGUCGAGAUCUACAAUAGCACCAAUCACACCUGGGCGCACUCUCCCAUUCCAUAUUCCAGAUUCAUCCGGUACUUGGUGCGACAAGAUCCUGUUGAGACGACCAAUUACUGGCAAAAUGAAUUAACCGGCGAGUUGGUGACAGACUGGCCGCCACUUCCCCAGAUCUUUUACCACCCUCGGCCUCAAUCGCGCAUUCAGAAAGCCAUUUCUCUCCCCAAGCAGUCAAACGAAGGCAUUUUGGUUUCCACCAUCCUGCGAGCGGCCUGGGCUAUUGUUAUGGUACAAUACAGUGGGAAUAACGACAUCACCUUCGCUGCCAGCGUCUCAGGGCGUCAUGCCGCCGUUAGGCAAAUCAAGGAAAUCGCUGGCCCAACGUUGACCACUGUUCCUGUCCGUGUAUCAAUUGACAAAUCUAUGACUGUGGUUCAACUUUUGCGAAAGAUUCAGCAACAAUCUACGGAAAUGAUUCCUUACGAGCAGACUGGAUUACAAAAGAUCAACGAGCUGCUGCGCGAAAUGGGUGGCUCUGCCUUGGCUCUCCGCAACCUUCUUGUGAUCCAGCCCGCGGCGGAGACCGACAAUAACCCUAUCGCUCUUUCCGGCCUGGAGUCUCUUCCAGUACCGUUUGAAGACUUUGGCAGUUUUGGGCUUCAAGUGGAGUGUACGUUGGGAUCCAAUGAAAUUGAAGUCGAUGUACAAUAUGACGACCAGGUAAUUGCAUCGCUGAAUGUCCUGAAGGUGGUCGACUACUUCGUGCAUAUUGUCAAGGAGCUCUCAAAUCCCAACAGAUUUGAGCAACCGCUGCACAUGUUACAUGUCAGUCCGCAAGAUGAGGACCAAAUACUGGCCUGGAACCGUGUAGGUUCAACUCGCAGCGAUCAAUGUAUCCAUAACCUCGUUUUCAAUCGCGUCUUACGACACCCCACUGCUUCCGCUAUCUGUGCUUGGGAUGGCGACUUUACCUACGCCGAGCUUUCUUGUCAUGCGGCCAGGCUUGCUGCUCAUCUCAUUCUUGACAUGGGCGUCAAACCAGAGAAUACUGUGGGACUUUGUAUGGACAAGUCCAAAUGGGCGGCUGUCGCCAUGCUCGCAGUUUUGUACGCUGGUGGUGUUGCUGUACCUUUGGGAGUUGCUCACCCUUUUGCUCGGGUUCAAGGAAUCACACAGGACGCUGCGGUGGAAACUGUGCUCGUGGAUAGUGAACAGCAUCAGAGGCUGGCAUCACUAGGCCUGAGACUAUUUUCUGUGGAUGCUGAAUCUAUCGAGAAACUUACACCAGUCGAUCUCGCGCAGACCACCGCACUUAUCCGGGACACUAGGGUGGCUCCGCAUAAUAUGGCUUGGAUAGUCUACACAUCCGGAAGUACGGGCACCCCGAAGGGAGUCAUUCUGGAGCACCGUGCUCUGAGUACAAGUAUCGAGGCCCAUGGUGCGGAAUUUAAGAUGGAUAACACUACCAGAACCCUCCAAUUUGCCGCUCAUACAUUUGACGUAGCGAUUCAGGAUCUAUUCACAACUCUCUGGGCAGGAGGAUGCGUCUGCAUUCCAUCAGAACAUGAUCGCGUCAAUAGGCUCACCACAUCGAUGAUGUCCAUGAGUGUCAAUUUUGCCACCUUGACCUCCACCGUGGCCUCGAUGCUCGACCCACAGCAGAUUCCCUCUAUGAGGACGAUGAUUCUUCUUGGCGAGCCCGUGACAGCUGCGGCUGUUGCCUUGUGGUCUCCUCACGCGACCGUUCUAAAUGCUUAUGGCCCCUCAGAAUGCUCGAUCCAUUCAUCUUGCAGUCGGCCAAUUCAUGACGCUGCACUUGCGUCCGACAUUGGUUUCCCACUUGCCUGCUCCUGGUGGGUAGUGCAGGCAGAAAAUCACCACGCUCUGUGCCCUAUUGGGGCCCCGGGUGAGUUAAUGAUUGAGGGUCCCAACCAAGCCCGUGGAUAUCUCAACGACGAAGAAAAGACUCGGGCGGCCUUUGUCGUAGACCCUGAUUUCAUGCGGCAACUGGGCCUCUCGGGUCGACGGUUGUAUCGAACUGGAGAUCUUGUCAAGCAAAACCCAGAGGGGUCUCUGAUCCACCUCGGCCGCACAGAUCUCCAGGUGAAGAUCCGAGGUCAGCGUAUCGAAGUAGGUGAGAUCGAAUACCAGAUCCAACAACACCUUGAGGGUGUGCGUACUGUCGCUGUGGAGCGCAUCCAGCAUGGGGCCGAUGGCAAACAGGUCAGCCUCGUUGCUGUAUUUGACAUGAUGAGCGAGAGCAACGAAAAUCCUGCGAGUGAUGCUCCACAACCCCUGGCUCCCAGUGACUACCUGCGUGCUAUAUUGAACGAUCUUCGCCAAACGCUCUUCCGCGUCUUACCAGGAUACAUGGUCCCCGCCGCAUACCUUCCUGUGGACCGGAUGCCAUCAAAUGCCAACAACAAGUUAGACAGGCGUGCUAUUCGGGAACUUUUGGCGCAACACUCUCUCACAAGCCUUCAGCAAUAUACCCAAAAUGAAGGUGGGGAUAUGAAGGUCCUCCCCGUGACAGCAUUGGAAAAGCAGGUGCAUGCGCUCUGGCUUGAGGUUUUGGGCAUCUCAGCUGGUGCGGUGGGCAUGAACGACAAUUUCUUUCACUUGGGUGGUGACUCGGUGACUGCAAUGCGGAUGGUGGUAGUAGCGGCAUCCCAAGGGCUUCAACUGAGUGUGGAAGAAAUUUUCAAGUGGCCCCAGUUGGUUGAAUUGACCUCGAACCUCGCCGAACGGCCCCCAGAAGAUCUAUUUGCUCAUGAAACAAAGGAUCCUGCGCCAUUUUCAAUGUGGAAAGACCUCUAUAAUUGUUCCACCGGUGAGAGAGAGGAAACUUUAUCACGUGUUGCGAAGAGCAUUGGCGUGGAAAAAGAGCAGAUUGAAGAUAUUUACCCGUGUACGCCCCUGCAGGAGGGCCUUAUGGCAGUUACUGCCAAACAGCCGGCAGCCUAUGUGAGCCGGCAGGUGUAUUUGAUGGGCAACUCAACGAAUCGCGAGCAGUUCAAGGCUUCGUGGGAGACCCUGUCCGCGGAGGUCAGUAUCUUGCGUUCUCGGAUCGUAAUGGAAUCAAGCGCAGUACAAGUUGUGGUCCGCGGCACCAUCCUCUGGCAAUAUGGCACAGACCUCCAGCAGUAUCUGCAAGUUGACCGAGAUACGGGAAUGUCUCUGGGCCAACCUUUGGUACGAUAUGGCUUUGUUGAAGAGCCGAGUGGAGAGUGCUACUUUAUCUGGACUGCCCACCAUGCCCUGUAUGACGGCUGGACUGUGAGUACACUCGGCAAACGACUAGCCGAGAUCUAUCACUCGAAACAGUCUCAAUCCUCUGUCCCCUUCACUCGCUUUAUCCAGUAUCUGCAAAGCGGCCGCCCUGAUACGGCCUUUAGUACUGAUUACUGGCGCAACCAACUGGAGGGCGACGUCAUGGCCAGCUGGCCUCGACGACCAACGGAUAUCCAGCCACUCCCGCAAGAGGACCUCCAACAGAUAAUUUCACUCCCGGUCACUCAGAGACAAUGCAAGGUGACAAUGUCUACUAUCCUGCGUGCUGCAUGGUCACUGGUCAUAGCACAGUACUCUGGGCAUGGGGAUAUAGCCUUUGCGGCCACUGUGUCCGGCCGUAAUGCUAGGGUUCAGGGGAUCUCUGACAUUGCGGGUCCAACAAUCACCACGGUGCCCAUUCGGAUAAAUGUGGAACAGACGCAAAGUGUGGCCCGGUGCCUCGAGGCUAUCCAGCUGCAAGCAACAAACAUGAUUGAACACGAGCAUACCGGUCUCCAAGGCAUCAAGGCACUUGUCCCCGAGCUUGCGCCUACGAUUGACACGGGCACCUUACUCGUAAUUCAACCUGCUGAUGAGAGCGGUUCUGAUGAACAGCUAGCCUUCCCGGGCAUGGAAAAGAUCCCUUUGCCGGUCGAACCCUUCAAUGCGCAUGCCAUCACCCUCGAAUGCAAGCUCGGACAACAGCAACUGAUCGUCGAUGUGCACUACGACAAGAAUAUCAUCCCGUGUUCCCAAAUGAAACAUGUGAUGGACUAUUUUUCCUGCUUGAUCCACCGAUUGUGCCAGCCGGUGGCCCAAUCGGAAUCGCUAGCCGAUAUAUUGGCCAUUGAGCAGGGAAGUCAAGAACAGAUAUUACAAUGGAACACAGAGGUACCUGCACGACUAGAGAAGUGUAUUCACGAGAUGGUUCGAGAGCAGGUGGAUCGCUCGCCCUCAGGGACAGCUAUCAGUGCGUGGGAUGGAGAUUUCACAUACGGUGAAUUCCACUCUGCAGCCGCACGUCUGGCCCACCACCUGGUGUCUCUCCACGUCGGUCCCGAAAGCAUCGUUGGGUUCUGUAUGGAGAAAUCGAAAUGGGGAUCAGUGGCGAUGCUGGGUAUCAUGCAAGCAGGUGGUGCCAUUAUGCCUUUGGGGGUAAUGCACCCUUUGGCCCGCAUCGAAACCAUCAUCGAAACCUCUCAGGCACGCGUCAUUGUAGUGAGCCCAGAGCAAGAGGAGCGACUGCGGGGUCUGAGCUCCAUUGCUCAAGUCAAACUCGUCGUCCUCGAUCAGGAGUCUUUCGAUGGUCUUCCAUAUUACACUCAACCCCCAGAUACUGGAGUGACACCUUCGAACGCGUCCUGGGCAAUUUUCACUUCUGGUAGCUCUGGCAUUCCUAAGGGCGUUAUCAUUGAACACGGGACCAUGUCGACAAGUCUAGACGAGCAGGGACGGUGGUUGGGACUCACGCCGAGGACUCGAUUCUUGCAGUUUGCGUCAUACACAUUCGAUAACAUCAUCACUGACACCUUUGCCACAACAGCAUUUGGAGGCGUGGUAUGUGUGCCCUCCGAGGAUGACCGCAUGAACCGGCUCACUGAGGUCAUGGCAGACAUGAACGUCAACACAGCGAUGCUUACAUCUACCGUGGCCCAGCAGAUCGCUCCGAUAAGCGUUCCUGCCAUGCGUAAACUCAUUUUGACAGGUGAAUCAGUCCGUGCAGAUGUUGUUAGCCUUUGGUUGGAUCAUGCCGAAGUCUACAACGCCUAUGGGCCCACGGAAGGCUCAAUGAGCACUUGUACCCGACCUUAUACCAGCGCCUACGAAGUCAGCAACAUCGGGUUUCCACUGGCCACACGUUUAUGGGUCACACAGCCCAAAAACGACAAUCUUCUCAGCCCUAUCGGAGCCCCAGGUGAGCUCUGGAUUGAAGGUCCCUUCCUGGCACGGGGCUAUCUUGGCGACCCAGCCAGAACGGAUGCGUCAUUCAUCGUCGAUCCGGAGUUUACGGGGCGCCUGAACUUGCAUGGACGACGACUUUAUCGCACUGGCGAUCUCGUCCGGCAGAACGAGGACGGCACAUUGAUCUAUCUCGGCCGACUGGACUCCCAGAUCAAAAUCCGGGGCCAGAGAGUCGAACUAGGCGAGAUCGAACAUCAAAUCUUGCACCAUCAACCCGGCAUCAGCGCUGUAGCAGUUGUGCCACUCACAGAAGACCAAGAUCAAAGAAUCACCCUGGUGGCAGUUGUCGAGUUUGCUGCAGACAGUGCGCAUCGCCUUGUGCCGAUAACACCGUCAGGAAUUAUGCCGCUAUCAACAGAGCUGCAAACGACAUUUGCGAACCUGUACCAGAUAUUAUUGCGAAAAUUACCCCUUUACAUGGUUCCGCCUGUUUUCCUUCCGAUUGCUGAAAUGACUCGCAACUUAUCUGGGAAGCUCGACCGCAAGUCUUUACGUGCGCUAGUGGUAAGCAUCGAAGACGACAAGAUUCAUGAGUAUCGAGUCAGUGAUAGACCCAAAGUGGCCCCGUCCACCAAUAUGGAGCGAGAGCUGCAGGCAUUAUGGGCUAAAGGGCUCAAUCUCAAGCUCGAAAAAAUUGGAGCCAAUGAUGAUUUCUUCCACAUUGGUGGAGACUCCCUCGCGGCAAUGCGCAUUGUUGCAGCUUCGCACUCUCGGGGCUACACUUUGACCGUAGCCGACAUCUUCAGGUACUCCUGUCUCUCAGACCUGGCUCUGAUUUUGAGCGCUCGAGCAGAGAAUGAAAUCCCUGUCGCUUCAGGUGAUGAGGUGGCUCCAUUCUCGUUAAUCGGAUCUGACAACCCCGAAGAAUUUAUCCAAAAUGUGUUACACCCGGUCUACAAUUUCAGCACGCGCGAUGUUAUUGACAUCUUGCCGACCACCGACUUUCAAGCUAUGACAGUUGCAGGUGUUCUCACUACCCCCAGGGCUGCAAACUGUGCGCAUUUUCUCAUCGAUGGUAAUGGCACCUAUGACAUUGAGACAUUGAGAAAAGGCUGUUCAGAUCUGAUCAAAACCCUUCCCGUAUUACGUACAGCCUAUGUGUUUGACCAGGGCCGACUUCUCCAGGUGAUCAAGAGUGUCCAUGAGCCCGAAAUCCGGAUCUUCAGCACCGAUCGCUCCAUCGAAGCAAUGACGUCCGAGAUAAUCAAUCAACAAGUGCUUCCGCCUCCCCGCCUAGGCGAACCUUUCACCCAGGUUGCCAUUAUUGAGGAAUCCCGAAGCUCCCGACACCGAGUUCUCUUGCGAAUGACACAUGCCGAGUAUGAUGCUGUCUCCAUGGAUGGAGUCUGGGAAAGCCUCAAGCGGCUCAUCGAAGGAACAGUCCCUCACCCGCAACCCCUUUUCUCGGCUUUCCUCUACCACCAGCAGCAGAGCAUUGCACCGAAGGCCUACAAAUACUGGACUGAUCUUCUUUCUGGCUCGUCUAUGACGAGCCUCGGUAGCUCUUCCACGGCUAUUGGUCAAUAUCCGUCCCAGGUCGCACACUUAGCCCCUCAAACUAUUCAGUGCGUCAACCCUCAAUCUGAAGGCAUGACUAUUGCGAUUCUGGUGAAGGCGGCGUGGGCAGUCACCCUCAGUCGCUUUUCCAACAGCCAAGAUGUUGUGUUCGGUGACACAGUAUCCACGCGGGGCACUGUCAAGGCCUCUCUUAUGAACGCCAUGGGCUGUUGUAUCACACUCCUCCCGGUCCGUAUUCAACUCUCCAACGAAGCCACUGUUCGGGAGCUCCUUCACAAAAUCCGGGGUCAGCAGAUUCAAAGUCUCGAUCACGCUCAACUCGGAUUCCGGGAAAUUCUACAUGGAUGUACCGACUGGGUGACCUCGACGCGCUUUACCUCUACUUUCAACCACAUAGCGGAACAGACCGGUACCCUCAAUAUGGGCAGUCAGGAAUACGCUAUCUCGAGCUUCGAGGCACCUGAUGCGACGUGGAUGGUCGAUGUGGGCGUCACUGCGGUCUCUCGAGAUGGUGAGCUAGACCUCCGAAUUUCCUACCAGCCAGGAAGCAUAUCCAAGGAAAUGGCAUUGAAAUACUUGCGUACCUUGAGCGAUACCGUUCGGACCUUCCUGGACGACUCAUCUCAAACGUUGAAGGCGACAAUGUCACCCUUCGAAACGCCAAUCAUCCCCCGAAUGACCCAGACCCGAAAGAAGGGACCGAUUGUGCCACUGACGAAGCUCAUCUCGAAAGAAGACGGCAUGACGUGCCUAAAAAACACACCGGAGUGGGAAGCUGUGCUCCAGCAUCGCCGGGGAGUGGAAAGUAGAAAGACGCGCAUUCCUUCAUUUGCACAGAGAGGCGGCGAUCUCUUGGAUGCCGUCUACUUAUCAUCUCUUCUGGGUGACGGAGAUCGAUCGAUCUCGGCCCUGGAUAUUUUAGCGGAAUCACAGGAAGAUGGGGAUGACCUCGUGGACGCUCCGCCAUUGAAGCAGAGGCGCACCUCUCUCAAAAUGGUUUGGGCCAGUUUGAGGAAAAGAUAUCACCGCUCGAUGGCGAUUCAGUUCCGCAGACACUAG